UUGGGGUCUGCUCACUGCAGAAAUCUUUACCUUGAGAGGCGCAUUCAAGAUUUUGACAUCAGGAUGGGCACAUCUUCGUGCAAGUAUAUCCUUGGCAUAUCACUUCUCCUACAUGGACAAAGGAUUCAAGACUGGCAUUUUCAAGUAUGCUGUGGUCAUGGGAAAGAAAGGUCGAUCACAGGAAGGAAUUUUAGCGUGAGUCCUAGCCGCGGGGGAGGAUCUUGCGGCAGUUCCCGUAAGCGCCAGUGUCUGUGUUCUUGCAAUGGCCAGCGAGAUUGAAGAGUUUUAUGAUGAGGGAUGCGUGGUGUACGAGGCCGUGUGGGGCGAGCAUAUGCACUCGGGCUACUUUGAGGCGGGCAAGCCUGGGGACUUUCGAGUGGCACAAGUCCGAAUGAUCGAGGAGGUCCUCUCUUGGGCCGGAGUACCAAAUGAUGAGCAAAGCCGGCCUCGAGACAUACUGGACGUGGGCUGCGGUUUUGGGGGAACUUCUCGAUAUCUGUCCAAGAAGUACUCGGCAAAUGUGAAAGGAAUAGCACUGAGCGAUUACGAGAUCGCCAGAGCCAAAGCCAUCGCGAGGGCGGAAGGAGUUUCAGACAAGGUGACGUUCCAAGUAGCAAAUGCACUGAAUCAACCGUUCGAAGACGGCCAGUUUGAUCUCGUCUGGUGCAUGGAAUGCGCAGUGCACAUUGAGGACAAACUCAAGCUUGUGCAAGAGAUGGCACGCGUGACCAAGCCCGGAGGUCGGGUGGUGCUUGUGAGCUGGUGCCACAGAGAACUGAAGCCUGGAGAAACUUCACUCAAGAAGGAUGAGCAAGCGCUCUUGGAUAAGAUCUGUGCUGCUUACUUCUUUCCACCCUGGUGCGCCACUUCAGAGUACGAAACAUUAGCAUGCAAUGCGGGUUUGCAAGAAGUAAAGGUGGAAGAUUGGACUCGACACAUGCUUCCAUUCUGGGGAAUGCUCACGGGCCAGCUCUUUACAUUGGGAGGUGCAUUCAAGCUCCUGACAUCAGGGUGGGCACAUAUGCGGACAAGUCUGUCAUUGGCUUACCACUUCUUCUACAUGGACAAAGGCUUCAAGAAUGGCACCUUCAAGUAUGCCGUGGUGGUGGGAAAGAAAGAGCUGUUAUCAUAAGGGAGCAUUGGAUUCCCCAUUGCUUCUGUUUUUCUCCAAAUUUAUGAAGGUAUGCAAUCCACUUGGAGCAUGGAAUCAGUUAACCAAUUAGUUACUUUUCACGUCCAUCGCCCACCUUCUCCAUCUCCCUGCGGAACCAUAUCAUUCUUGAAGUAUCUUACCAUCCCCACCGGUGUCGUGUUAACCUUGUUCUUGUUAGAUGGUAAAAAACUUACUACUAUGUAAAACUUAUAUAAACAUGAAGUUAACAUUUGAAAUAGUC